AUGGUGGUCAUGACAGGAGAAGAAGGACGUACGUAUUUCGAGUCUCUUUGCGAGGAAGAGCAGAGCCUGCAGGAAAGUCAAACGCACCUAUUGAAUAUUCUUGAAACACUAGAAGCACUGACAAACCCUGAAUCCUCGGAUGAUUCACUCACAGAGUCCCUAAAAAACCUACCUGCUUUACAUGAAGAGUUGCUCAAGAGUUYCAUUCGUCUGCGAUACGAUAAAUAUCAGACGAGAGAAGCACAGCUCUUGGAGGAUGCGGAAUCCGGAAGGGAUAUCUCAGCAGGAGUACAGAAUCGAAAGACAAUUAGUGAAUAUUAUACUACUUUUGAACAACUGAAUAGGGAUACUUUACGGUAUAUAAAUUUACUGAAAAGACUGUCCGUUGAUUUGGCCAAACAAGUAGAGGUGUCUGAUCCGUUAGUGACAGAAUAUGAAGUGGAUAACUGGGGCCCAUCUGAGAAACUACAAGGUAUCCUUGAGCAGUACUGUGCACCAGAAACCGACAUACGUGGUGUCGAUGCUCAAAUCAAAAACUAUCUAGAUCAAAUUAAGAUGGCGCGUGCAAAGUUUGGCUUAGAGAAUAAAUACUCCUUAAAGGAAAAACUCUCUAGUUUGACCAAGGAACUAAACCAUUGGAGAAAAGAGUGGGACGACAUAGAAAUGCUUAUGUUUGGCGAUGAUGCACACUCCAUGAAAAAAAUGAUUCAGAAGAUAGACUCAUUGAAAUCCAAAAUAGAAUAUUCGUCUGGAAGCAACCCUGUGGACGCAGAAGGCGACAUUUUGUUAGAGUAA